GGAAACACCCCCCCACCCACCCACUCCCCGGUAUUAAAAAAGAGCGGAGCGGAGAGCAGCGUCCAGUCGCCGGCCCGGGGCGAGCCGAUGCCGAGGUGCGCCGUCACGUCCGCCAUGCCCGGGAUGAUCUGCAAGAACCCAGACCUCGAGUUCGACUCCCUGCAGCCCUGCUUCUACCCGGAUGAAGAUGACUUCUACUUCGGGGUCCCGGACUCGACCCCCCCGGGCGAGGACAUCUGGAAGAAGUUUGAGCUGCUGCCCACGCCCCCGCUGUCGCCCAGCCGCGCCUUCCCCGAGCCCAGCCCGGAGCCCUCGAACUGGGCCAACGAGAUGAUGCUGUCGGAGGUGGAUCUGUGGGGCAGCUCCGCCGAGGAGGACGCGUUCGGCCUGGGGGGGCUGGGGGGCCUCACCCCCAACCCCGUCAUCCUCCAGGACUGCAUGUGGAGCGGCUUCUCCGCCCGCGAGAAGCUGGAGCGCGCCGUGAGCGAGAAGCUGCAGCACGGCCGCGGAGCCCCGGCCGCCGGCCCCGCCGCGCCCGGAGCCCCGGGAACCGCCGCCCCCAGCCCCGCGGGCCGCGCGCACGGCGGCACGGCGGCCGCCGCCAGCCGCGCCGGGGCCACCCUGCCCUCCGAGCUCGCCCACCCGGCCGCCGAGUGCGUGGACCCCGCGGUGGUCUUCCCCUUCCCGGUGACCAAGCGCGAGCCGGCGCCCGCGCCCGCCGCCCCGGCCGGUGUCACCGCGUCCGGCUCCGCGGGAGCCGGGGCCGCCCCGGCCCCCGCCCCGGCCGUCGCCCCUCCGCGCCCCGGCGGCCGCCCCGCCAGCGCUGGGGACCACAAGGCUCUCAGCACCUCCGGGGAGGACACCCUAAGCGACUCAGAUGACGAGGAUGACGAAGAGGAAGACGAGGAGGAAGAGAUCGACGUGGUCACCGUGGAGAAGAGGCGUUCCUCCUCCUCCUCCUCCUCCUCCACCAACAGCAAGGCCCUCACCACGUUCACCAUCACCGUGCGCCCCAAGAACGCGGCCCUGGGCCUGGGGCGCGUGCAGCCCGGCGAGCUCAUCCUGAAACGCUGCGUCCCCAUCCACCAGCAGCACAACUACGCGGCGCCGUCCCCCUACGUGGAGAGCGAGGACGCGCCUCCCCAGAAGAAGAUCAAGAGCGAGGUGUCCCCGAGGCCCCUCAAGAACGUGGUCCCCACAAAGGCUAAGAGCUCGAGCCCGCGGAAUUCAGACUCGGAGGACAGCGAGCGCCGCCGCAACCACAACAUCCUGGAGCGCCAGCGCCGCAACGACCUGCGCUCCAGCUUCCUGACGCUCAGGGACCACGUGCCCGAGCUGGUGAAGAACGAGAAGGCCGCCAAGGUGGUCAUCUUGAAGAAGGCCACCGAGUACGUGCACGCGCUGCAGGCCGAGGAGCAGCAGCUCCUGUUGGAAAAGGAGAAGCUGCAGACCAGACAGCAGCAGUUGCUAAAGAAAAUUGAACACGCCCGGACUUGCUAAACCUUUCCCUCCCUUCCCCCCCAAAUGGACAGUCACUGCCACUUUGCACAUUUUUUUUUUAAAACAUUGUGUUGACAUUAAGAAUGUUGGUUUACUUUCCAAUGGGGUCCCCGCUGUUUGGAUCUGGGUUAGGGGCAGGACCUGUGUGUCAUUCUGCGAUGAUCCCGGAGAGCCUCCAGAUGGGAAAAAAAAAGGGGGCUUGGGGUGGUAGUGGUGGCUCUUGGCAGUUUCCUCCAUCUCAACUUGGUGACAGCCCGUGGAAAUGUGUGACAGUCACAGUCGUCGGGAGCCUCUGGGGCUGUGGAAGUCACCUGGUUGGUUUCCGAGUUUUCCAAACAAACCGUCAUUCCUUCUUUUUUCAAUGGUGCUUAAGUUCCAGCAGAUGCCACUGAGGGGCAAGCCACUCGAUGUAUGCCCCUAGGGACAGUUUUGUACAUACUAGUGACCUACCCGCCUUUUCUAUCAACCUGGGUAAAAUGAGGUGGCUUUUGCGGCCGGUAUUAGACUGGAAGUUCACACCUAAGUACUAUAAUAAUACCUCAAUGUUUGAGGAGCAUGUUUGUAUACAAAUAUAUUGUUAAUCUCUGUUAUGUACUGUACUAAUUCUUACACUGCCUGUAUACUUUAGUAUAAUGCUGAUACAUGACUAAAUUUGAUACUUAUAUUUUCGUAUGAAAAUGAGUUGUGAAAGUUUUGAGUAGAUAUUACUUUAUCACUUUUGGAACUAAGAAACUUUUGUAAAGAAAUUUACUAUAUAUAUAUGCCUUUUUUUUUCCUAGCCUGUUUUCUUCCUGUUAAUGUAUUUGUCAUGUUUGGUGCAUAGAACUGGGUAAACAGAAAGUUCUGUGUUUAAUUUCUUCAAAAAAUGUAUAUAUUUAGUGCUACAU